CCGCUGGAUGGGUGACGUGUUUCCGGUUUAGUUGGGCAGGGUAAACACUGCGGAGCUAAAGAGUUCACUACAGCUGCAGAGUUCACAGCGUUUUUGCACAAUUUUCCUUUGAUUUCUUGCUCCGACAUCUCCCGAAUAAACAAUGAGGUAUCGAUUGUAAAACGGUAGAAAGCUCACGAGGCUUAGAAACUCUUUUUGAAGGAUAACCCUCCAUUUUCAAGGAAAUGAAGAUACUCCAAGUUUUCUCUCCUGUUCUGCUUUUCAUCCUUGCUGAAGUUUGUCUCCACAAACAACAAAGAGAUUCCACAAAGAUCAAUGUUAAAACUGCUCCAAUAGGUGAAGCCUAAGGCACUCAGAAAAAAAUCUCCAGUACCUGCAAACAUUGUUGGAUACAUCUAACAAUGGAGCCAAGUCCAGUAGGGGAGGAAACUCAUCACUGUUCAGAGUGUGGAAAGAAUUUUACUACACAGCAUAAUCUUAUCACACACCAGCGCAUUCACACAGGUGAGAAACCGUAUCAGUGCUCAGACUGUGGGAAGAGUUUUAAUCAAACGAGUACUCUCAAAACACACCAGCGCAUUCACACAGGAGAAAAACCGUAUCACUGCUUGGAGUGUGGGAAGAGUUUUAAUCAUCAGACUAAUCUCAAACACCACCAGCGCGUUCACACAGGAGAGAGACCGUAUCACUGCACCAACUGUGAGAAGAGUUUUAUUACAAAAAGUCUUCUCAACAUUCACCAGCGCACUCACACUGGAGAAAAACCGUAUCACUGCUCAGACUGUGGGAAGAGUUUUAUUACACGUGCUGUUCUCAACAUACACCGGCGCAUUCACACAAAAGAAAAGACGUAUGACUGUUCAGUGUGUGGAAAGAGUUUUACUCAACAGGGUAUUCUUAAAGAACACCAGCGCAUUCACACUGGAGAAAAACCAUAUCAAUGCCCAGAGUGUGGGAGGAGUUUUAGUACAUAUUCUCUUUUCGUCACACACCAGCGCAUUCACACUGGAGAGAAACCUUAUAAGUGCUCAGACUGCGGGAAGAGCUUUGCUCGACAGAGUAUUCUUAAAGAUCAUCAGCGCAUUCACACUGGAGAGAAACCGUAUGAAUGUCCAGAGUGUGGGAAGAGUUUUACUGUACUGAGUUCGGUCAUUGCACACCAGCUCACUCACAAAAAAAAGAAAGAGCAUCACGAUUCAGAAUGUGUGACUAGCUCUAUGCAUCUAGAUACAUUAAAUAACAUUCCUUCAACCAUCCCAGGCCUCAGUGUCGAAUGUGGAAAACGUUUUACUACAGAGAGUAAUCUCAUCAUACAGCAGCGCAUUCACACUGGAGAAAAACUGCAUCACUGCUCAGACUGUGGAAAGAGUUUUACUAAACGGCGUAAUCUCAUUAAACACCAGCGCAUUCACACUGGAGCAAAACCAUAUCAAUGCUCAGACUGCGGGAAGAGUUUUAAUAGAAGAAAUAAUCUCAAAAGACACCAGCACAUUCACACAGGAGAAAAACUGUAUCACUGCUCAUGCUGUGGAAAGAGUUUUAAUCAUCAGAGUUAUCUCAAUAAACACCAGCGCAUUCACACAGGACAAAAAAUGCAUCCCUGCUCAGACUGUGGGAAGAGUUUUAUCGAUCUGAGUACUCUCAAAACACACCAACGUAUUCACUCAGGGGAAAAACCGUAUCACUGCUCAGACUGUGGGAAGAGUUUUAAUCAUCAGAGUAAUCUCAAACAUCAUGAGCGCAUUCACACUGGAGAGAGACCGUAUCACUGCUCAGACUGUGGAAAGAGUUUUAUUUCAAAAAGUCUUCUCAACAUUCACCGGCGCAUUCAUACAGGAGAAAAACUGCAUCACUGCUCAGACUGUGGGAAGUGCUUUACUACACAGCGUGAUCUCAAGACACACCAGCGCAUUCACACUGGGGAAAAACCAUAUCACUGCUCAAAAUGUGGGAAGAGUUUUAAUCAACUGACUAAUCUCAAACACCAUCAGCGCAUUCAUACAGGAGAAAAACCUUAUCACUGCUCAGACUGUGGGAAGAGCUUUGAUCGGCUGAAUUCUCUCAUCACACACCGGUCCACUCACAUAAAAAAGAAAGAGCAUCACGAUUCAGAAUGUGAGAUUACCUCUAGGCAUUCAGAUACAUUAGAUAACACCCCUUCAAUCAUCCCAGGCUUCAAUACAGAGUGUGAAAAGAGUUUUACUACAGAGAGUAAUCUUAUCACAAACCAGCCCCUUCACACGGGAGAAAAAGAGAAUCACUGCUCAGACUGUGGGAAGAGUUUUACUAAACGGUCCAAUUUCAUUAAACACCAGCGCAUUCACACUGGAGCAAAACCAUAUCACUGCUCAGACUGCAGGAAAAGUUUUAAUCGAAUUAGUGAUCUCAAAAGACAUCAGCGCAUUCACACAGGAGAAAAACCAUAUCACUGCUCAAACUGUGGGAAGAGUUUUAACGAAUUGAGUACUCUAAAAAAACACCAGCACAUUCACACAGGAGAAAAACCGUAUCAAUGCUCAGAUUGUGGGAGGAGUUUUAAUCAUCAGAGUAAUCUGAAAAGACACCAGCGCAUUCACACAGGUGAAAAAACGUAUCAAUGCUCAGAUUGUGAGAAAAGUUUUAUUUCACAAAGUCUUCUUAACCUACACCGGCGCAGUCACACAGGAGAAAAAAUGCAUCAAUGCUCAGACUGUGGGAGGAGCUUUACUACACGGUGUGAUCUCAAGACACACCAGCGCAUUCACACUGGAGAAAAACCAUAUCACUGCUCAAACUGUGGGAAGAGUUUUAAUCAACUGACAAAUCUCAAGCACCACCAGCGGAUUCAUACAGGAGAAAAACCUUAUCACUGCCUGGUCUGUUGGAAAAGUUUUAUUACACAAAGUCUCCUCAACAUACACCAGCGUAUUCAUACAGGAGAGAAACCGUAUAGCUGCUCAGAUUGUGGGAUGAGUUUUAAUCAUCAGAGUAAUCUCAAACACCACCAGCGCAUUCACACAGGAGAAAAACCCUAUCACUGCUCAGACUGUGGGAAGAGUUUUAAUCGACUAAAUUCUGUCAUCACACACCGGCUCACUCACAUAAAAAAGGAAGAGCUCCACGAUUCAGAGUGUGAGACUAGCUCUAGACAUUCAGAUACAUUAGAUAACACUCCUUCAACCAUCCCAGGUCUCAAUACAGAUAUUAAAGUAGAGUGAAGGGGCAACUGAAGACAAAACACUACUCUUCCUCCAGCCUUGGAGACUGGUUGGAGUUGUUUGUUUUGCAGGGGACUGAUGUUCUGUUGGAAGCCAUUAAUUGGACUCUUUUACUUUUUUGGAAAGAAUUGAAAAAGAAGAUGAAGUGAGAUUGGUCAAAAACGCACAUAUGACCUACGCAACAUCAAUAUCUGAGUGAUGUGCUUGUAGCCCCUCCCCAGGACCGAAGCAAUUAGAAAGAUGGCAAUUUCAUGAAAACUGGGGGAGGAGCUAUGUAGAAAAAAACAAUUAGCUACAAAUUAAACAAACUAUUCUGUCCAGCAAUUUUCUAUGAUGUUCUCAAAGUGAAGAUUUAAAAUGCCCUGAAUAGUAAUCAUAAAAGUAUGAACAUCAGUAAUUGUUAUACUUCAAAAGUAUUGUAAAAAUAUUUAUAGUUUGCAUGUAGUUUACACAAAUACAUUAUUGCUUAGAUCAAGUCUUUGUUGGUUUGGGAAGGGUACCUAAGGGUGCUCUCAACCCUGUCUCUGUGCUCUUAGUUUUCUUUCUCGCUAUAACUUACUGUAAUUCUCUCUUUUUCUCUAUUAAUCUCAGUAAUUCUCUCUCUCUUGCUAUAGCUCUCUGUAAUUCUUUUUCUCUCUGUUGUAAAUUAACCUGUUCAUAUAAAUGUACUUUUUCCGAUAAUUGUUCUAACUGUAACUGAAAACUGUAUAAAUAAAACUGUGACUGAUAUUGAA